GCCGGGCGCGUGGUGCUGGCCGCGUCCCCGCUGCGCCUGUGCCGCGCGCACCUUGGCCCCAAGCCGGGCUGCGCGGGGCUCUGCGCGCAGCUGCACCUCUGUCGGUUCAUGCUCUACGGCGCCUGCAAGUUCCUGCGGACCGGGACGAACUGUAGGAACAGUCACAGCUUGAUGACCGAUCACAACCUGAAUGUGCUGAGAACUCACGGCGUUGACCACCUCAACUAUAGUGAGCUGUGCCAGCUCUUGUUUCAGAAUGACCCCAUGCUUCUGCCGGAAGUCUGCUUACAUUACAACAAAGGAGAUGGGCCCUUUGGCGGCUGUUCCUUUCAAAAGCAAUGCAUCAAGCUCCAUAUCUGCCAGUACUUCUUACAGGGGGAGUGCAAGUUUGGUACUAGCUGUAAAAGAUGCCAUGAUUUCUCCAGCUCUGAGAAUCUAGAGAAGCUGGAGAAGUUGGGCAUGAGCUCAGACCUGGUAAGCAGACUGCCUUCCAUCUAUAGAAAUGCACACGACAUCAAGAAUAAGAGCUCUACCCCCACCAAAGCGCCCCCUCCUCCUGCAGAUCGUCAGGGGACUUCUGAAAGAAGAGAUAGUUUGAGUUCUAUGUCCCCAAACACUCCUAACCAGGAGGAGAGUGAUCAGAUCUGCUUGUACCAUAUCAGGAAAAGUUGCAGCUUUCAAGACAAGUGCCACAGAGUUCAUUUCCAUCUGCCUUACCGAUGGCAGUUCCUGGACGGUGGCAAGUGGAAGGAUUUGGACAAAAUGGAGUUUAUCGAAGAGGCCUACAGCCAUCCUGGAAGAGACAGGAUCGUGUGUGCGGAGUCACCUGGUCGUGGCCACACUGAUACCUUGAACUUUAACUCCAUGAAGUUUGGCGCUGCCCAGGCUCGCCGCCUCUCCACAGCCUCCUCGGUCACCAAACCCCCCUACUUCAUCCUCACCACUGACUGGGUUUGGUACUGGACUGAUGAGUUUGGUUCUUGGCAGGAAUAUGGAAAACAAGGCACAGUGCACCCCGUGACCACCAUCAGCAGCAGCGAUGUGGAGAAGGCUUACCUGGCUUUCUGCGCCCCGGGAGCUGACGCCCAGGCGGCCAUCCUGAAGUUCCAGGCCGGAAAGCACAACUACGCACUAGACUUCAAAGCCUUCGUUCAGAAAAACCUGGUCUAUGGCACCAUCAGAAAGGUUUGCCGCAGACCCAAAUACGUGUCUCCCCAGGACGUGCUGAUGAAGCAGACCUGCAGUGUCAAAUUUCAAGGCCCAAAGAGCAUCCCAGACCAUUGGGAUCCCUCUGCCCUGCCAGACCCAGGCUUUAAGAAAAUCACCCUCGAUUCUUUCUCGGAAGAGUAUCAGAAAGUCUGGAGCCUCUUCAACCGUACACUGCCUUACUGCUUUGUUCAGAAGAUACAGAGAGUUCAGAACCUGGCCUUGUGGGAAGUCUACCGGUGGCAAAAAGGGCAGAUGCAGAAGCGAAAUGAGGGGAAGGAGGUGGACGAGCGGCAGCUGUUUCAUGGCACCGCCACCAGCUUUGUGGAUGCCAUCUGCCAGCAGAACUUCGACUGGCGCAUCUGUGGUCUUCACGGCACCUCCUAUGGCAAAGGGAGCUACUUCGCCCGCGACGCCGCGUAUUCCCACCACUACAGCAAGUCCGACACCCACAUCCAGGCGAUGUUCCUGGCCCGCGUGCUGGUGGGUGACUUUGUGAGGGGCAACCCCUCUUUCGUCCGCCCCCCUGCCAAGGAAAGGCAGAGCAACGCCUUCUACGACAGCUGCGUGAACAGUGUGUCCGACCCGAGCAUCUUUGUGGUCUUCGAGAAGCACCAGGCCUACCCCGAGUACCUCAUUCACUACUCUACCUCUCCCAGGCCGCCACCCACAGCUGCCACUGCUGCUGCCACUGCCACCCCCACUGGAGGCUCCAUGCUGGUGGCGGCUCUGGGCUCCCUGUUUGGUGGCCGCCAGUGAGUACGGCCGGGAGGCAGGGAAGCUGUGUGGGGUGUUUUUUUUUUUUUUUUUUUUUUUUUUUUUUUGAGAAAACUUUUAAUGAACUGUUGUUUGAUGUUGGCUUCUCAGUGAAGUUAUGUUCUUAACCCUUUGCCAGUAACAGUUUCUACUUUCAGGUGACUUUGGGGCUCACCUGUGGACUCACUGCACCAGUGGUGGGCGAGCCUGCUUGCUUUUUAACGACAUGUUAAUGCUGUACUUGGCACUCUGGUCCUGCGCUGCUUGUUGCAGCUGGCAGAGUUUGAAGACACUGUUUUAUGGAUUCGUUUUAAUGGUUAAGGGUUCUGUGUCUGCAGUGACUCCGUGUUCAGGGUCUCGUGCCUUUGUCAGCGUGGCACAGUGGCGUGUGGGAGGAGAGCCCAGUUCUGCAGCUGCUCCGCGCCCUGGCACUGCCUGACCUGUGUCAGGUGUCAGGGCAGGUGGCAGCCGUGUGGUGUCAUCGAGUCACUGCUGGUUUUCCCUAGUGCUGGGGGCCAGCAGGACUACCCUGGCAGGAGACAUGGACGAGUCCCCCGGGAGCCCAGACUCGAAUCCCGUGUCCCGGAGAGCCUGAGUUUCUGUGCUGCAAAUGUCACGUGAGAGUAUGAAAUAAAAAUAUUUAUCCAGA